UCGAGUUAUUAAAAAGCAAAAACUAAGCGUGUUGCUUAAGAUUUAUACACAAUUUAAUUUUAUUUAAAAAUCGAAUGUCCAGUAAACCGUAAAACAUACUUCAGAUUAAAAUAGAAUUUCGUCCAAUUUCUGUGCAACAGUUGUGAUACUUUUAUAUUAAAAAUAUUGAAAGCCGAUAAAUAUUAGAAUCGAAGAAAAAAUUAGAUAACGCAUGUGAAGUGGUUGUAAAAUACACAUAUAUAAAAAAAAACAGAAGUGCGUUUAAUAGAUAUUGCAUGUGAAAGAGAAAUCUACAGGUGUCACUCCUAUUUAUGUAUAAGUAAUGUAGGUCUCUUAAAAUAUACCGACACAUAAUAAAUAAUAAAAAUUUAUACCGAAAAAAAAUAAAGGAAAUCUUACAUCCAGCAUCCGAAGCAAUCUUACUUUUUUUGAAAGAAAUAUUUGUACAAAAAAAAUUGAGAUAAAUGUGAUCCAAAGGUUACAUCGCAUUAGUACAUCCGUUUAACAAUUUGAUAUAAUAAAAUAUUUAUCAUCAAAUAUAACGACUUAAAGAGAUACUUUUAUAUAUACAACAAAAUAUAUAUUUUACUGAUAUUUUCGAGCAAAACAGAAAAAAGCGCCAAGCCUAAAUAAUGGCGGAUAAAAGAAAACUUGUACUUAGCAUCUAUUUGCUACCUUUAUGUAUAGGAUUAGUUUUUGCUCAAAGCCAAGUCAUCGUAGAACCAACAGUAGCCACAGUUCGGGACGGACAAAAUGUCACCUUACUGUGUCGAGGCAGAAAUCCUUUACUUUAUUGCCGUUUCGAAUUCCCUGGCAUGGAGUCCGCUAUUCGUGUAUCCGAGCGAGGCGGAAACAAUUACGUCUAUUACGGCAACGGAUUUCAAUCGGGAGACUGCGGCUUGCAAUUGUACAGAACAGAUCUUCGCAACAACGGAAAAGUCAAAUGUUUCUUGGGCUAUGCUGAAGAAGAAGAUACUGGUUUAAUUGAUUUGGUAGUUGGAGUCGAACCAGCACCACCACAUUUCGAGAGCUUCAACAGUCAACCGAUAACCAAAGGAAACAAAUUCGAAGAUCGUUGCAUCGUCGAGAAUGGACGUCCAGGCGCGAAUAUUUCAUUCUACUUGGAUAACGAGGAGAUCGUUAAUGGCGUUUCGAAUCCAGAAGAGUACAAUCAAAACGGAGUUGUUAACGUUGUUCGUCGAAUUGCAUUCACGAUUGAAGACUUCCAUAAUGGCAAAACAUUGACAUGUCGUUCCGAGCAUUUCGCAUAUCCCGGUGGCAUGAAAGAAGUAUCGGCCCAUUUACGAGUAAAUUAUGCUCCAGUUCCUGAGCCAGUCAAAACUAUAUACGGACUUCAGCUAGAACGAACGGCAUUCGUUACCGUAACAAUUCAAUCAAAUCCACAACCAAACACACACUGGAGCAUUGACAAUAAAGUUCAUAUGAGCGAGGGCGAGUCGAAGGAACGCUACGAAGCGCAGGCACCGAGAGAAGUUGGAGAAGGCAAAUGGAACGUUACCUUGGUAAUUGACAAACUCACGUUGGAGGAUACGACCAAGUCGUACAAGCUGAUUGCUGAUAAUGCGCUAGGCCGCCAAGAGUACAUGAUUAAAAUCAGCCCCAGUGACGCGCCCGUUGCUGACCUUGACAUGGGUGCCAUCAUUGGAAUUGCUGUUGCCUGUAUCUUGGUAAUUGUGGUUCUCGGAUUGCUGAUUGCUGCCCGAGCAACAGGACGAUGGUGCUUUGCAGAAAAUUCAAAUGCCGCCUCAAGUAAUAUAAAUGGUAGAGAAGGUGUUGACGAAGCAAUGUUGCCAGAAUUAUUGCCACGCCGUCACUCGUCUACUUGGGAUGAGAAUAAUGCUCCGCACGAUGGUACUAGCAUAUCUGAUUCCGGUAAUAAUGACGAAAGGAAGCCCAAAUUAAGUUAUAUUCAGAAAGAGAAAAAGUCCAACAAACGUUCUAGGCCAUUGACAAAAGAAAAGUGAAUCUCAUUAUUUGUGUGUAUAAGCUACGAUAAGAAAAUCGGAUUUUAAAUUAGCUUUUCUUUUUACGACGACAUAUAUCCAUGUAAAAAUAUUCUCUCUGUGUUCGUAACAACAGUGUUUAAUCUGUUUUAAUGAUGCUUUGCUUUUGCCAUCAAAGCAGCACACAAAAAAAAUGUUGAUAUUCAUUAACGUACACGCACAGCAGAUGGCUUCUGCCGCUCUCUAUUUAAUAAAAUUUGUAUAUUCGCGUACAAAAUAAAUUGGUACUUAUGAUGUGAACAGCAGUAUAUUUAUAACUACUACCAUUAUUAUUAUACUUAUAACAUAAUUGUAUACAUAAUUUUUAAAGCUUAAUGAUGAUUUUAUUACUCUGCAUUAUUUUUGCACCUAACAAAAGGUUUACUUACUUUUUUAUUAUUUAUACAAAUAAUAAUUGUACGGAACUCAUUGUUUCAGUUUUCGCCGAAAUACGGUGUGGAGCGUUUUAUAAUUCUAGGUUUGGAUUUAUAACCCAUUUUGUAGUUAGUGCAUUUUCACAGCUCAAUGCAGCGCUUCUAACAAUUUUUUGCACCACCCCACCUACAAAUGUUCACUUUAAUUUGAACCGUGUCUCUACAAUUUUGCAAUACAAGCUUUUAUUAAAUAAUAAUACAUUUCGCUGUACCUACUAAAUUAUAUACAUUUUUAAUUCUUGCCAUAUAUAUUUGUACAGUAAAAAAAAAGAUGAUGAUAAUAAUAAUAAUAAUAACAUUAAUUGCAAAAUUUUAAUUGCAUUUUUAUUUGCACCCUUUUUGAUUUACUUUGCAUUUACAUACGAAUUUAAUUAACAACCGUGAAACAACCAU